UUGAAAAUAUAAGAGGCAUCGAUUGCGUCAAAUUCACAAAUGCAGAGGAUACGAGGCCACAAAUUGAGAAGACAUUAUGGGCCUACUUUGAUAACGGCACCAACUAUUGGAUACCCGUAAGAUACAAAACCAAGGAGGUUGAUGAUUGGCAUGGAUAUUUAAACAAUUACGAGAUUUGGGAUUUUUAUAACUUUAACGAAGACAUCGAUUUAGAUGUUUUUAAAAUUACCUAUAAUUGCACAACCAGAAAAAAUGAUGAACAAGCUGAUAGUAAAUUCAAUGAUAACUAUCUCCUGACUUUAAAUGCCGAAGAAAUUAAGGAAUUUGAUAAUGCAUUUUCUACGUAUAUACAGCAGUUUGGAAAACAAUAUGCCAAUAACGAAGAACGUGAAAUGAGAAAACGCAAUUUCUACAAAAGUUGGAGGCUAGUAACUAGUACAAAUAAUAAAAAUCUGGGCUAUAAACUAGCACUAAAUAAAUUAUCCGACCGUAUUGAUGAAGAAAUUUCGAAGUACAGAAGUCCGAAAAGUGAAAACCGAAAGCCUAAAACCGGAAGCAUACCUUUUCCUUACUCAGAAGAAGAAAUAAAAAAAAUAGCAAACACUGUUCCUAAGGAGUAUGAUUUGAGGGUGGAGGGCCUUGUAGGUCCUGUGUCGGAUGCGUUAAAUGAAGGAUGUGAGUCUGAUUGGGCCUUUGCUGCGACGGCUGUCGUGGAAGGUGCCCUGGCUCGGAGCAACGGAGGUACUUGGAUGAAACUAAGUGAACAAGCUCUCGUAGACUGCUCCUGGGGAUACGGAAAUAAAGGUUGUAAGGGCGGAAGUCCUACGAAGUCUUACGAGUGGAUAAUGAAGCAUGGAUUACCCUUACAACAGGAAUAUGGCCAAUACACUAACAAGAAUGGAUUUUGUAAGAUGCAAAAUAUGACGAAGACAUUCAAAAUCAAAGGAUACACGAAUGUCAUCCCUAACAGUGUCGAUGCCCUCAAGAUCGCUUUGAUCAACCACGGCCCUAUAGCUGUGAAUGUAAACGGAGGCUACGGCCUAAUGAUGUAUGAUGGAGGCAUUCUUUACGACGAGUCGUGGUAA